AUGCAUCUUCAUCCCCGUCUAUUUUCUUCAGGUUUCUAUGGCUCCUCAUAUGGCUCUGAUUCGGGCAGCUCUGGUCUUCCCGUCGGUGUCUACAUUGGAAUUGCCGCCGGCAUUAUUGCUUUUAUAAUAUUGGUUGUGACCAUCAGAGUGUGUAUCGUCAGAAAUCGAGCAGCCAAAUUUCCCCAAAACCAGUAUCCUCCAGGAACCGUCGGUUUGGGAUCUGGAAACCCGGUUCCCAUGAGGCCGUUUCCAAUGGAACCCGCUCCAGUGAGACCAAUGUCGGCUCCUCAAACGGCUGCUCCAUAUUAUCAGCUGCCGACGGCUCCUCCUCCUACUUAUAAGGAUUCUCGGCAUGAUAGAGUGUACAACAUGGUGUAG